AUGGCGUUAUUAGGCAAACAAGGGUGGAGAAUUUUGCGACGACCUGGGUCUCUGGUCCGUCAAGUGCUUAAAGCAAAAUAUUUUCCACAAUCUAGCUUUAUGCCGGCAAAAUUGGGAGCUUCUUCUUCCCUUACAAGGCGCAGUGUACGGUCCGCAAAAAGGGUGCUUGAAAUGGGACUAAGGUGGAGAGUAGCGAAUCGCAAACAGAUAAGAAUAUGGGAGGAUGUGUGGGCUACAACACGCCAGACUCUUACACCAUGCGGAGACAGGAAUAUAGGUGCAAGGUAUUAUUGGGUCUUUGACUUGACCAUGCUGGUAGCAAAUGGAAGGAAAAUGAGAUUAGGCAAGCAUUCUCGAUCGAGGAAGCGGACCAGAUUUGCAGUAUACAAAUUGGACGUCAUGAAAGGGAGGACAAGCUCAUUUGGGGAGAAGAAAAGAAUGGAGAAUACUCGGUGA